GAAAGGCUCCGAUGAAAGAGGCACUUUCUCUGGUGUUUUGGGCAUGGAUUAGUUUGAAGCCAAGAGCUGGCUGUCCUUAUCUCCAUCUCCAAAGGUAUAGCUCCUGCAGCACCUCCAACAGUGAGUGCUGAAAGCUGUGAAGGUUUUAGGUGGGACAUAAAAAACAGCUGCCAAGAGCAAGACCCCCUCCCUUCCCACAAAGCCAGGAACCCCCCAGCGGUCCCUCCUCCCCGCGGGGCGUGCUCCGGGCUCCCUUACAGUGCCUCCUGCUGCCACUGGGAUCCAAACUACAAACCGCAGCUCGAAUUCUGGGAGGACGUUCACCUCGAGCUGAAGUUCGUGGUUUUCGGCUCUGCAGCUGCUGUGCACAGCCUGGGAGGGGACGGAAGGUUACUCUGCCAGCGGGCGAGGGAUCCUGCCCCACCGGGAGCGCUGCUACCCGCCAGGAGAGCGGUGCUAUCCCGCCACAGGGCGGGAUGCUACCCCGCCAGGAGGAAGGGAUGCUGAUGGGCGAGCAGGGAGCGAUGCUUUCCCACAGGAGGAAGGAGGCGGCGAGCAGAUGUGCUGCGGGGGAAGCGUGCCGCGGAACCCCCUCUUAAUCACCCUACUCCUGAAAAGCAGAGCACGAAAUGCCGUGUAAAGCCCUGCCCGGAGCCCCCGAGCCCGUCCUGCAGAAGUUGGUCUGUUUGUGGUAACACCUUUUUGCAUCGUUCUGUCCAAAAGAUAAAAAGAUGAAAGCCUCGGUCAUGCUUUGCAGCAAAUUUCAUGCAAGACGCGAGGGGAACUGAAGCAGAAACCAAAGCCAAGGCAAAGCAGCAUCUGACCUUGUCACUGGGGGGCAGAAAACAGCCGCUGGUUCCACUGUGCUUUGAUCAAGCUCCCUGGGCAAUGUGGAAUUGCAGAGAGCUCACAAAGUGCAAGUUCCUUCCAGGUCCAUUGGUUGAAUAAAAAUUGUUAAUUCUUGGCUUGAUUUGUCAUCCUUUGGGGGCAAAAAAAGGUAUGUCGGACUGGCCAUUAUACAGUUAGACCAAGCACAACUGGAAGUGAGUUGCUCCAGAGAUGAGAGUGACUGAGGCCAGCAAAGCCAAGGAGAAGCCUGUUCAACUGCACAUCUACCUGGGAUUCCUUGGAGAGGUGAUAAAGUGAGUAAUAAGGCAAAGUGGGAGUUAUAAAGUGGAUGCAACAGCUCCAGCAGAACUUCUUCUCACUGCCACAUGCGCUCGUUACAAAGCAACUAAUGUUAUUUGGAAAUCUAUUUGAGGAAAAAAAUGCACUUUGAGCAUCUCUGCAGUCCUUGUGUCUGAAGCAUUGAUCAGGAAAAUCGGCAGCACAACACCAACAAAGAAGAAGAGAAUUAUGGUGAAGGCAGCUAAGGAAAUUGAAAUGGAGAACCCAAGAGAGGCAGAGACUCCCAGCACAGCGGCCACAUGUUCCCCACCAGAGGAACAAGCGAAAAAACCCUCCAUGCUCUGCUUUAAGAAGCGGAAGAAGUCCUGUAAGAAGGGGCUGACUGUGAAGGAUGCGUGCGAAGAAGCCUCAGAGGAGAAAAGCCGAUGUGUCAGCGCUGACCGAGAGGAGGGGAAAGCUUCCAAUCCAUCACGAUCCUCCAAAGGAACCUGGGCAGCCAUCAAAAACCUUGCCAGACCUCAGAGAAGGCAGAAGUCCUCCUCACGGAAGAAGGUGCCCUCUGAUUCCCAAGUGCAGCUGGAGGUGGAUGCUGAGGAGAGCUGUGCACGAGACCUCCCAAAGAAACGGGCAAGCUCUGGGGUGAAGAUGCCCUGUGUGAGGUUCUCCAGAGGUAAGAAAAAACCCAGCCCCUCAGAAGCAGUGGAGGAGUCAGAGGGCAGUGUUCAAGCAAAUGAAGUGAUGGGUAUUGUGAAUAAGGCUAGUGAAGAGCCAGAGGAUUUGGCCCCAACAGACAAAUCUGAAUCCUUCAGCCCAGUCUCUGCACAGGAGGAGCAGGAUAUGGUGAGGCAGGAGCAGCAUAGAAUGAAAGAGGACCAGGAUACAAUGAAGAAGGACCAAGGUACAAUAAAAGAGGACCAGGAUGCAGUGAAAGAGGACAAUCAUACAGCAAAGGAAAGUGACACCUCUGUUGGGAAGAGUGAGCCCUUGACAGAGCCCACACGUGAGGCAGAAGAACACUCGGAGUGCACUGUUCAGCUGGAGAUAACCAAUUCAGAGACAGUUGAUGAAACAGCCCAGGACAAACUGCAGGAAGGGAGUCUGCCCCAAACCACCAACAAUGUGGAGGGCAGGGAAGUUGCUCCCGAAGUGCCUGUUUCUAAAGAUCAACCUGACAAUGCCCCUGAAAUCACCAAGUGGCAGGAAAUCCCUAGUAUCUGCAAAGAGAUGUCUGAAAGGGAUGAAUUGGAAAAGAGCAUAAAUCUUUCUAAGGAGUGCAAAGCUGAGGAGACUGUAACUGAUUUCAGUGAGUUAGCAUCUGGAGGUGAUGCAGCACGUGUGAAGGAUGCAGUGAGCAUGCAGGAUGCAGAGAGCAUGCAAGAUGCAGCGAGUGUGAAGGAUAAAGCGAGUGUGAAGGAUGCAGUGAGUGUGCAGGAUGACAAAAGUGUGCAGAAUGCAGCAAGUAUGCAAGAUAAAGUGAGUGUUCAGGAUGCAGUGAGUGUGCAGGAUGCCACAAGUGUGCAGGGUGCAGCAAGUGUGCAAGAUAAAGCAAGUGUGAAGGAUGCCACAAGUGUGCAGGAUGCAGUGAGUGUGCAGGAUGAAGUGAGUGUGAAGGAUGCAGGGAGUGUGCAGGAUGCCACAAGUGUGCAGGAUGCAGUGAGCGUGCAGGAUGCAGCAAGUGUGCAGGAUGCCAUGAAUGUGCAGGAUGCAGCAAGCAUGAAGGAUGCAGUGAGUGUGCAGGAUGCAGAGAGUGUGCAGGAUGCAGAGAGUGUGCAGGAUGCCACAAGUGUGCAGGAUGCAGUGAGUGUGCAAGAUGCAGUGAGUGUGCAGGAUACAGAGAGUGUGCAGGAUGCAGUGAGUGUGCAGGAUGCAGUGAGUGUGCAGGAUGCCACAAGUGUGCAGGAUGCAGUGAGUGUGCAAGAUGCAGCGAGUGUGCAGGAUGCAGAGAGUGUGCAGGAUGCCACAAGUGUGCAGGAUGCAGUGAGUGUGCAGGAUAAAGUGAGUGUGAAGGAUGCAGCAAGCAUGAAGGAUGCAGCAAGUGUGCAGGAUGCAUCAAGUGUGAAGGAUACAGCAAGCAUGCAGGGUGCCACAAAUGUGCAGGAUGCCACAAGUUUGCAGGAUGCAGCAAGUGCACAGGAGGCAGCAAGUGUGCAGGAAGCAGUGAGUGUGCAGGAUGCAGCAAGUGUGAAGGAUGCAAUGAGUGUGAAAGAUACAGCAAGCAUGCAGGAUGCCACAAGUGUGCAGGAGGCAGUGAGUGUGCAGGAGACAGUGAGUGCCCAGGAUGCAGCAGGUGUGAAGGAUGCAGCAAGUGUGGAGGAUGCAGCAAGUGUGCAAGAGGCAGCAGGUGUACAGGAAUGCUCCAGCCAUCAGAUACUAGAAGCAAAUGCAGGCACUGGUGUCAGCAUCGUCAUCACCAUCACCGAAGCCGAGGACUCUGACAACACCGACUCUGACCAGGCCUAUGAGCCGUCCCCAGUUUUGCACCAAAAAAAGCAAAAAGGGAAUAAAAAAUCGAACAGGAACGCUGAUGUUGGUCAAAAAGAGGGCCCCGAGGCUGGUGGCGGUCCCCAGGCAGAGGAGAAAGGUCUGGGUGACCAGGGGCACAGAACUGGGGAGCAGUAUGAGCUGCUCCUCAUAGAAACCGCCUCUUCCCUUGUGAAGGCGGCCAUUCAGUCAUCCAUAGAGCAGCUGGUCAACGAAAUGGCCCUGGAACAGAAUAAACACAACAGCUUUCUGUGAUGGCAGCCUUGCCCCAGAGAGAAAGGGCAGAGGGAGUGAUUUCAAGCUCCAUUUGGCCUGCGGGGUGUGUGGAGAACUCGGAGAGCUCCUGGGGCUGAGGCGUAGUUAAUUCUGCAUGCCCGUUCAGUUGUGUCUAUGUGAAACGGAUCCCGGGAUGUGGGCAGACCCUGCUGAGUGCAGCGUGUCCCCUGGGGCUUCAGCGCCACUGACCACAGCUGCGGAAAAAUCAAGGUGUUACAGUGACUGUAUCUUCAUUUAUUGGCACAUUUAUGUCAAGGCCACAUUUCUGCUGUCACCCGUGCCCUGUUUCCCCGCUGUUCGUGCUGUAGAUCUGUACAUACCAUAUGUUUGAAGAAAGGUCCUGAGAGGCAGUGAGUGCCCGACCUGCUGCUGGGCUGGAUUCGGGGCACGCUGAAACACCUGGACGCUUGCUGGGGCUUUAUUGCAGAUGAGGAAGAGCGAAGUGUCUGCAAUAUUAACAAGAAAACAUCGAUGCCAGGCUAUGUUUUGAACCGGCCCUCGCUACGCACAGGCACCGGGAACCGCGGUCACUGCUGUCGCAUGAAGCCGGCGGGUUCCAGCGAGCUCUCUCCUUCACUCGGCCUCUCCCCCUGUCACAAGCAGCCUGUGCAUCUCCAGACACGCUAAAGCUCAGCAUCAGCCUCGCCUUGCUGACCCCGGGCUGCGCGAACACCAAGAAAGCGACAGCGCCUCGUUUGCUGGGGGCGCCUUUCUCGCACCAUUGAACUCAGCGGGCGAAAUUCCCUGCGGCAUCACGGGCGUGGGCUGGGCGGGAGCAGCCCUGCCGCAGGCAGCCCCCCUCCUCCCUCGCCUUCCUCCGUCCCCAUCCCGGUGUCGUGGUGAAGCUCUCCUCAGAUGUAGCAUAUUUUUUUAUACAUGGCAUGUGAUAUAAAUAGCAGUGAGCUGCAUGCGUGUUAGCAGUCAGCAUAGUUUGGGAAGCUGCAAUGUGCUGCCGGCGCUGGGAUCGCUUUGAUUUGGUCUGAGCGCCGCUGGCGUCCCCGGCUGCUGGCGGCAGCCUGUCCCGCACCGCUCCCCGCUCGCCGCAAAGCCCUCCUGCCUUCAUCCAGCCCAGGCAUCCCUUGGGAAUCGUGCAUUAUGCCCGGCUCGCUGCCACCAGGCUCUGGCACGCCAUGUAGCUCGCUGUGAAACAUGCACUGAAAUGCUGGAGCAAUCUUACCAAAGUCCUCAGGGAAAAAAGUCCUGACAUGAGGGCCUGAGGACGUGGCUGGAAAAUGCCCGGACAAGCCUACUGCUGUCAAACCCCGAGAACUGCCCUGUCCCGAGGGAUUUGCACCGGUGCAGUGUGUGUGCGAGCAUCACCUCCAGCUACCAGCUGUCCAGGAGAAAGGGGCCUUUUAAUAAUACGGGAUUGCAUCUGCGCGGCUGGCAUUUGUGUCCAGCUGUGGGCAAAGCAGCGUGUUCCUCUGAGAAAAUUCUCCUGCGUAUUCGCAGCCGGCACAGAAAUAGCAGCCACGCUUGGCAAUUGCUCACUGACCAUGUGCUGAGAUUUCCCUUCCCAGCACAGACUUUGGAUUCCUGCUAAAAUACAAGGGCUGUCCCUCGUAUCUGGUGCACAAACAUGUUUGAAACCUCGAUGAAACAUCUCCUCGAUGUCAUGAGAGGACUGCGAGCAGCAAGAGCCACAGCUCAUCUCCGUGCAAGUAAAACUUAAAAAAACCCAGAGGGUGGUAAAGAAAAAAAAAAAAAAGGUGUCUUUUUUUUUCCUGUGAAUUUGUUUAUUAAGUUAUCAGCUAUUGAUAAUUCAGUGUGUACAAUUUUAAUGGCUUUGUACUUCAUACUGGUCCUUCCAGGUAUUUUGCCAUAGUUUUGAAAAAGGGCCUUUUAAAGGACUUUUAGAUGCACCUUUGGAGCUGCUGCAGCACCCUGGGAAGAGCCAUCCUGAUGCUGGGAGUGGCUUAUGGGAUUACACUGGGCACUGUGGCAGGCUGGUGCUGAGCAAAGGGCCGCAGCCUUGCUGUGGGAUCCCACUGGAGUCAGCUGCAGAGGAAGAUGUCCAAGCUUUAGUAAAUAAACACAAAAUUACCCCACAGGGCCAGGCUGUCAUGCUCUGUCAGCCUGCUAAGCUGUUUUGGGAGGAUUUGGUGUUAUUUCAGUAUUGCCUUUUAGGCGAAACACGUCUUCAAAAAAGGAGGAGAAUGGCAGAAAUGCCUAGUCCAGCCCUGCCCUGUGACUUGCUCCAUGUCAGGGGUUGGGUUUGCAUCCUCUCUUGUAUCUGGUUUUCCCUCUGUUAUAGCUGUACAUAGAACUGAUGAUUAUUUCAUUAAAGCUGAAUGUACCUGUUGUUUUCUUGCCUUGUGAUUGAGUGGGCAGCUAUGGAGAGAUUUUAUAUGUCAAAGGAUUAACUCACAGUAGUGCUCUGUUGUGUCCAGCUUUUUCAGGCAGUCAUACAGUGAGCAGAGAGAAAUCUUAAUGUUGGUGGCAGAUCCAAAUUCUUUGGAGGUUUGCUCCUCCUCUGCCCUUUCUAUGACAUUUCCUUUUGGUUGCUGGUCAAUCAUUUCUACUACAGAGUCCUGGCUGCCCAGGCACUGCUGUAAGGAAUUUGUGAAAGAUCACAAAUCUCUGGCAGCUAAGAAAAGCCAUCCUGCUGCCCCAUGGUUAAAUUCCCUAUUAGAUACCCUGUGGCACCAGAGGAAAAUGUUUGAGGCUCUGCAGAUUGACAAGGGUGGUGCUGACAGCAUUCAGGUUGGGGCUGGCAUUUUGGGAACAGCACAUUUGGUGCUUUGGCACUUUCUGGAGCAGAUCAAAUUGGUCCCACACCCUAAUUGGUGUUUUUUAAUAAUGUCCUUCAUGUAAUUUUUUAAGACAGUUUAAAAUAUACGUAAAAUAUGGGGGACCGGAGUUAUAAAUUUUUAAUAGUAUUAAUACUAUCUAUUCUUUCAGGUUUACAGAACAAAAUAUAGGCUCAUAACAGCUGCUAAUGAUUUAAUUAAGACUCUCUACUCCUUCCUUAUGAUUAGAGAGUAGAACAUUAAUAAAACAUUUAUUCUUUCAUAGAAGGAAUGAUAAAUUUACUAUUGUGAAAGAGUGCCGGGCCAGGGAACCUGUGAGGAUGUGGCUGCAUGGCUGUGACAGAGCACCAAAGGUGGCCUGACUUUAGGAUCAUCAUGCUCACUAACAGCUAAAAUAAUCCGGAAUUAUCAUAGAAUCACAGGAUCAUUCAGCUUGGAAAAGACCUCUAAGAUCACCAAACACUGCCAAUGCCACCACUAAACCAUGUCCCCAGGUGCCACAUCUAUAUAUUUUUUAAAUCCCUCCAGGGUUGGUGACUCCACCAUUGCCCUGGGCAGCCUGUUCUAAUGCUGGACACUCCUCUCAGGGAAGAUUUUUUCCUGAUAUCCAAUCAUUUUUAUGGCCCUAUUCAGCUUGCUUCUGAGCUGUCUGGCUCCUUGCCCAGAAAUUCAUUGCUUGCUGCCCUCUGAAUUAUGGAAGUGGUUCUUCUGCUCACCCCACAGCCUGUGCUGCUGCUUUUGUCCCAGAUGUUUCCAGUGCUCUCCUCAGUGGGGACAAUUCAGCUCUAUAUCAAAUAAGUUCCCCAUCCCUGCUUUGCUGUGUCAUUUUGAAUAUUUUCAUCUCCCACACCUUUUUUAUAUUAGCAGCAAAGAAAAGGGUGUUUAAAUAGUAUAACUCAUACCCAGAAAGGCUUCCAGGGGGAUAAAAAGCUUUUCUUUUAAGUCAACACUGAGCCCAGCAGAAAACAAGUGUAUCCAUUGAAAAGUUCCUUGUGGAAACUGCCAGUAGACAAUGAUGGCACAAACAAAUAUUGCAUUUUCUUUCCUGCCCUGGGACACCAGAAAUGGGUUAGAAAUGCACAGGGGCAGCUCUCCAGCUGCUGAAGGUCAUGGCAGCUCCAUAGGCUUCAAAGGACUGACUCUACAGCAGCCAGGAGUCUGGUGUUUGAAUCCAAGGUGCAAUCCCUGCACAAAUCAUGGACAUUCUCAUAUGCACCGUAUAUAAAAGCGAUGAUGCAGUUGUGGGGGCUUUGUUGUUGUUUUCGUUGGGUUUGGGUUGUUUGGUUUUGUUUUGUUUUGUUUUUUUUUUUUCACAGAUGUAUGUAAGAAAUUGAGUAAAUUCACAAAAUACUCGGGAAUCCUGGUUUGCACUUGGGAUGGAUGGAUGGAUGGAUGGAUGGAUGGAUGGAUGGAUGGAUGGAUGGAUGGAUGGAAGCCAGACCCACAUUUACAGGCAGUGGAGCCCUAAUGUUUCCUGUGUUAUAGAUAGAACCUUUCAACAUGAGUAACUCAAAGUGAACUGCUCCAAGGAAACAGAUUGAUUUAAAUAAUUGCUUUAAUAUGAUUUUAUCUCUGCAGUUUUAUUUCCCAGAGAAAUGGUUCUUGUCAGCUCUUGUUGGGUAGUACUGAAGUAAUGAAAUACUUUUCAUUUGCAAACGGACAAAAUCUUAACAUUAAAUGUGACUUUAAAAAAAACCUAA